GAGUUUUGACGUAGAAUAAAGAACAACCAGUAAUUUUUUUACAGCCGCUAUGCUAGACUUUAUAUAUACAAAACAUCGCGGGAUUACAAGGAAAAUAUAUCUCUAAGAAACCCUUCAAGAUGGCCUGAUUUCGCAUGGAAAUGACUUAAAAUGCCUUGAGAUUGUUGGGGCGAAGUGAAAGAUCCAUUUUUGGAGAUACAUGUUUUCAAUUUACGCGAUUCUUCACAAUGAGACAUGAAGCGAAAUUCGUGUUAUUUGCUCGCAGUGAUAUUAGUGAUUUUGGUUUGUCUUACAUGUGACGGCAAGAAAGUUACAGAACAUCGCUCAACGAAAUCUUCAAACCUCAGCGACUCGUGCGAGACGAGCCCCGUGCGUCGAAAUGUCACAUUACGAGGUGGGAUCAAAGCAGGAUAUUUUCAUAAACUAGCUCAAUAUGUCGCCAUGGAGUUGUGCAUUCAGUUAUGUUGUCAAGAGAAAGGCUGUGAUGUGGCUUUCAUGAUUGGCAAAAACUGCUACGGGGUGAAAUGCUUCAGCGAAGAACUCUGUCAUGUUGUACCGGCAAAAAAUGCUCCGAGAGCCCUAAUAAUAUCCAAGGUCGACUUCAGAGGCGAAGUUUAUCUUCAAAAAUUCAUGCCAGAAAGAUUGAAGUGUUUUCAGACAUCGGUGGAACACAACGUCACGUUAAAAGGUGGACUUCGGGCGGGAAACUUCACCGCAGUCGGCCAUGUUGAUAACAUUGACGUUUGUGCAAAGCUUUGCUGUGUCAGAGAGGGCUGCGAUCUAGCGUUGAUGGUCAACAAGCAUUGCUUCAUGGUGAGGUGUUUGGAUAAGGAGAGAUGUAAAAGUAUGAAGGUCAUUAACCAGGAAUUCCGUACCCACAUCACGAGAGUGAACCGAACUAAAGUCAUAGCGGAAGAACAGCAAACAGUUCGUGCGUUGAGCUCGGCACCAGGCAAAACUUCAAAGUUAAUGUGCAAGAAUGGAGCCGUGCAAUUCAACCAAACACUGCUGGGCGGUUACGACGCGGGAAAGUUUAAACUGCUUUCACAAUCCGCCAACAUGUCGGCCUGUAUUCGGCUGUGUUGCGGAGAGAUGUCAUGUGAUGUAGCGCUGAUGAUAGAAAGGAAGUGCUAUGGCGUGACCUGCAAGACAAUGAGACUCUGCCAAACCAUUCCCGCCAAAAAUUCGGUUAUGCUGAAUCACCUCAGCCCAGAAAUAUCGUUCAUUACAAGCAGGAAUGAAGAAGUAAAUUCAGUGAGUCUUCGCAGACAAAGCGAAAUAUGCAAGUCAAACGUCAUAUCAUAUGACGUCACUCUCCGCGGUGGAAGGUAUGCCGGGAAAUACAAGGCGUUUGGACCAGUUGACGACAUGGCGGAGUGCAUACGCGUUUGCUGUAUGGAAAGAUACUGCGACCUCGCCUUUAUGAUCAAUGGCACGUGCUUCACAGUCCGCUGUCAUACGGAGGAAGGAUGUCAGGAAGUCCGGUCACCGGGAACCGGAUUUAAACCCAUGAUAUCUUACGUCAUGAGAGAGAGACGUCAUCACAGUUCUCAUGAUGGCGAAAAAUUGGUGCACAAACAUCAUGGAAAAGCAGCAUUCAGCGUUACAAAGAAUGAAACAUCAUCGGACCUUCCUCAAAUUCCAUCCCCAAGUCUGCCAAGCGUGGACAGCGAUCAUUACUGCACGAACAGCGAGUUAAUGUACAACGUCACUUUACGGGGAGGAAUUACAGCCGGCAAGUUUCGCGACCGAGGAGUACUACCCAGCAUGCAAGAGUGCUUACGUGUAUGCUGCAUUGCCAAGUCAUGUGACCUGGCGUUUAUGCUUAGCAACCACUGCUUCUCUGUGACCUGCAAGAACCAGACCCUCUGUGAGGUCGUGACCGCGCGAACCAGCGGAUACAGACCGCAAAUUGCAUAUAUUUAUGCGAGAUCGAAUGUAAAAAUCCACGAGGUAAAGCAGCCCAGACCUGAGGGUGAUGCUUCGAGAGUUUUGCCGACUGCUGAUAAAGUUCAGCAAAGCGAAAAAUCAAAGGUUCACAAUCAUAAGGAAAAUGGGAACCUAGGACAUGAGAAAGCAGUUGAUGUUCUUCAUCAAAGUAGUUCUGCGAAGAACAAAACGAAGCCAUUUAAGGCAAAGAAGUCUCAAAAGAGAAAGCACAAAAAGAAAAAAUAUCUCAGCAAUCAAGCGAAGCUCGAGCAUAUGUAUGCCAGAGAGCGAAUUCUUCUUCGGAAAUUAUCUUUGCUAAAAUUGAAAAUGGAAAUGCUAAAGCGAGGAAAACAUGGCGGCGAUAAGAAUGCCAAAGAUAAAGUGCUUUUGGAAGCGUUCGAAGACGAACCAAAGGCUAAAAACACUUCAUUGCACAGUAGCGAAAACGAUAAGCUGGAAAGUAGAAAUAAAUCUGAAAGGACAGAUGAAAGAACAUCGCUUACCUCUGAUGUGGUAAAACAAAAUAAUUUGAAAAAAGAAAACCUUAAGGAGGGAAAUCUCUCGAGUGUUGCCGAGCAUACGAUAAAGAAUUUCACAAACGUCUACGCGAACAAAAACACUACUAAGGCCAAAAAUAUUGAUAAAUUGUCAGAGAAGAAAAACACGAGUGAUCUCUCUUCGAUAAUCAACAAAUCUGGAUCAAAUGAUAAUAAGAAAAGUCUCUCAAAAAACCUGUCAAUGGUGAUAAAUGAAGAGCUUAAAAACAUUACCGGAAAAACUACGAAUUUGGAACGACUAGGAUCAAAAAAUAUUUCGCAGGGAGUUCAUAGGACACAGUUAUUUUCAGAAACGAAAAGAAUUAAUGAAAUGAGUCAUCUUAAACAAAGUAAGAAAAAAUACUUAUUUGCUUCUGAGGAUACUAAAGAAUCUUUUACAAGGACGAAAGAGUUGAAUAAACAGUUAAGUCAAAAAAAUGACGAGAGUAGAACUGCUUCUCUUGAGGAAAUGAUAAACCAAACAACUGAAUUAAAAGACAGAAAAAAGAAACAUACUAUGUCUGAGAAAAAAAGAGUUGCAGAAGGUUCAGCAGUAACAAAGUUGCCGAGCAUUGCAAAAUAUGUAGGGAAUGCUCCAGAGAAUAGAUUCAAUAAUACAAACCAGAAUAGUUCUACUCAUCCAAUAGGGAAAGACUUGAUACUUUUGGAUGCGUUUUCUACAGAAGAGGAAGGAAAUGAUGAGAACGAACCUUUAGAAAAGCAUCCUACCUUACCAAGAAACUCUUCGCAACAUAUAUCUCGUAAUAGAAAUAAAAAAACAACUGAUCACUAGUGUUUUAUAAACAAUAAAUAGUUUGGUUUAUAUUUGUGUAAAAAAUGGAGAGUCGCUGAACCAGCUUUCGGCUCGAUUACAUAUGAAACACUCCGUAUACUGAGUGUACUAUCGUGCUCAUACGGCACAAUAGACCAAUUUAUCCUCAUAUGUAAAUUACCAUUUCAUUGUUUUUGUGUACUUUUGAUAGAUGUGAUUUCUUGUCAGAACACAAUACCAUAUGUACGCACAAUGUAACGAGUUCUGACGACAAUAUCAUUGCAAAUUCACUGGCAAAAAUGCACCUCAAAAAAGUAUAAAUAGACAUUGAAACGGUAUUUUGCAUAUGGGGCUGAAUCGGUUUAUUAAAACACGUUGUCCGGCUGUGAGCCGCACCAUUAUCAGUUUAGCUCUUGUGAGUAUUGGCAGUUCAACUAUACGAUUAGAACAUAUAUAUUUUUAAAUUACCUGAACUUUAAGAAUGAUAUUAAUUGUGGAAUAAUAAUUGUUGUCCUUUUU